CCGACUGAGGUAUCAAGGGGAGGGAUUGAAGCCCGGGCCCACGAUGAGUGGGUGUUGAAACUGGGAUUAUAACCCACAUUCUGAGGGAACACGCCCUCGUGUGAGAAAUCAGCCUCGGAGUCAUCCAGUCCAGGGAUUAUUUGCAAAACUCCGCUGUGAUUAAGGCGCUCGGACCCCCCGAAGGCCCUUGGUUCCCGUCCUGAGGCCCAGCGGCCGCGCCGGGAGCAUCGGGGAAUCGCCACCAUUCGGUGCUGUGGUGAGAAGAUGGCUUCGGAGGAUGAUGCGGGCGGGGAGAUCCCCGGCGGCAGUUUCUGGGAGGCCGGGAACUACAAGCGCACGGUCCAGCGCGUGGAGGACGGGCACCGGCUCUGCGGGGACCUGGUCAGCUGCUUUCAGGAGCGAGCCCGCAUUGAGAAGGCCUAUGCCCAGCAGCUGGCGGAGUGGGCCCGCAAGUGGAGAGGGGCCGUGGAGAAAGGGCCCCAGUACGGCACCCUGGAGAAGGCCUGGCACGCCUUCCUGACGGCGGCGGAGCGGCUGAGCGCCCUGCACCUCGAGGUGCGAGACAAGCUGCACGGCGAGGACAGCGACCGCAUCCGGGCCUGGCAGCGGGAGGCCUUCCACCGGCCCGUGCUGGGAGGCUUCCGAGAGAGCCGGGCCGCGGAGGACGGCUUCCGGAAGGCGCAGAAGCCCUGGGUGAAGCGGCUGAAGGAGGUGGAGGCUUCCAAGAAGAGCUACCACUCGGCGCGCAAGGAGGAGAAGACGGCGCAGACCCGGGAGAGCCACGCGCGCGCCGACAACGCUGUGUCCCAGGAGCAGCUGCGGAAGCUGCAGGAGCGGGUGGAGCGCUGCAGCAAGGAGGCCGAGAAGACGAGGGUCCAGUACGAGCAGACCUUGGCGGAGCUGCACCGCUACACCCCCCGGUACAUGGAGGACAUGGAGCAGGUGUUCGAGGGCUGCCAGGCGGCCGAGCGGCAGCGGCUCCUCUUCUUCAAGGACAUGCUGCUCAGCUUCCACCAGCACCUCGACCUCUCGAGCAGCGACAGGUUCCAGCAGCUCCACCGGGACCUGCACCAGGGCAUCGUGGCCGCCAACGACGAGGAGGACCUGCGCUGGUGGCGCGGCACCCACGGGCCCGGCAUGGCCAUGAACUGGCCGCAGUUCGAGGAGUGGUCUUUGGACACUCAGCGGACAAUAACCCGGAAGGAGAAGGGCAGCCGGAACCCGGAUGAGGUGACGCUGACCAGCAUUGUGCCCACGAGGGACGGCUCGGUGCCCCCCCAGUCCCCGGGGAGCCAGGGCAGGAAUGGGCAGGAUGAGGAGUGGUCGGAUGAUGAGAGUCCCCGGAAGGGGGCCAUGGGGGUCCGGGUGCGGGCGCUGUAUGAUUACUCGGGCCAGGAAGCGGAUGAGCUGAGUUUCAGAGCAGGGGAGGAGCUGCUGAAGAUGAGUGAUGAAGACGAGCAGGGCUGGUGCCAGGGGCAGCUCCAGAGCGGGCGCAUCGGCCUUUACCCCGCCAACUAUGUGGAGUGUGUGGGGGCCUGAAGGCUCUGCCAGCCGCGGGUCCCAGCUCAGCGCCCCUCGUGGCCAAGCUGCCCCCCCCUUUCCUGCCCCAGGAGCUGCAGGUCCCGGUGGGAAGGGCGGACGCCGGCGGGAAAAGAGCAGCUUCGGGAGGGCAGGGUUCUGACCCAGGGAGACCACCCGCAGGGCUGAGAGGCUCCUUGCCCUGCAGCACUCUGAGCUGAGGUGCCCUGCGCUUGGGCUCUCUGUGCCAAGGGGGCAAGCCGGACCGGCCUUACUCCCCUUUAACUAUGGUUUGUUCCUGACGUGCAUUAAACCUGACAAACAACCCUA